AUGAGCGCGGCGCUCGGCGAGAACGCGCUGCGGCGCGCGCGCGACGCGCGAGACGCGUACGCCGCGAAUGGUUCGAUCGCCACCGCGGUGUUUCUGGCCGAUAAAGCGCUGUCGCUGAGCGGUGACGACGCGAAAGAUGCGCUCGCGCUCGCCGAGCUGUUGCGCGUCGACGGACAGCAUCGACGCGCGCUCGGCGUGCUGCGGCGCGUCGGCGAGUGCGGCGGUGGGAGGGCGCGGUUGUUGCGAGCGCGGUGUUUGUUCGCGCUGAAGGCGUACGAGGAGUGCGUGAUGACGCUGGAGGGGGAGGACGAGGGCGGCGCGGCGGCGCCCGGCGAGACGGAGAAGCGGCGGUGCGAGCGGUUGGCGGAUGGGAACGCGCGCGACGCGGCGGCGAUGUGCGCGCUGCGUGGACGGGCGUAUGAGGCCUUGGAGAACACGGUGAAGGCGUUCGAGGCGCACUCGUUGGCGCUGUCGUUCGAUCCGAUGUGUUACGAGGCGUACGAGGCGGUGCUCGCGACGCACAUGUUGAGCGAAGAAGAGGAGCGUGUUUUCGUCGCUUCGUUGGACGGACACGAGGACGAUGUGUGGAUCAGGGAUGUGUAUGUGGUGAUGGGAAACUCGCGGGAGGUGGAUUCCGAGCUCGCGCGGGGUGCGGGCGAGGAGACGAACGCCACGGCGUCGACGUCCGCCGCGCUCGAACUGCUCAAGCACAACGGCGAUGUUCGCAUCGCGUGUGCGCGGCGCAUGUAUCAGCGCGGUGAAUUUGCAGCGUGUUGCGCCGAGUUGCAGCGUCAGUUUGCGCUCGAGCCGUCUCGAUUGAACGGGUUGCCUCUGUAUUUUGCCACGCUCGUCGAGCUCGGGAAGAAGAACGAUUUGUAUCUAUUGGCGCACUCCUUGGUGGACGAGUACCCGAAGAAAGCCGUGACGUGGUUUGCGAUCGGAUGUUACUACAUGGCAACUCGCCAGUACGACGCCGCGCGAAAGUAUUUCAGCAAGGCGACGAGCAUCGACGCCUCGUUCGUGCAGGCGUGGAUCGGUUACGGGCACGCGUUCGCCGCCCAGGAUGAAAGCGACCAAGCGAUGGCGGCGUACAGGACCGCCACGCGAUUAUUCGCGGGCACGCAUAUUCCCGUGAUGUCCAUCGGCAUGGAGUACCAGCGCACGAAUAAUCUGAGCUUGGCGAGUCAAUUUUUCCGCAAGUCGUUUGAGAUUUGCAGCACCGACCCGCUCCUCUUCAACGAGUACGGCGUCUUGCUUUAUCGCCAGGGCGAAUACGUGAGUGCGGUCGAGAACUUCGAGCGCGCGUUGGAUCUUGCACCGAAACCGGUGACGCAUCGUUGGGAGUCUCUCGUCGUAAACUUGGCCCAAGCGUUGCGCAAGAUGGGCCGUCACGACGAAGCCAUCGAGCAGUUUCAAUACGCUCUUUCCGUCGCACCGCGCAACGCGUCCACACACGCCGCGCUGGCGUUCACAUACCAAGUCAAAAGCCGAUGUACUGAACCAGUAUCGUUGGGCUUGGCCAUCGAACACUACCACAAGGCGCUCAGUUUGCGCUCCGACGACGCGUUUUCUCAGCACCACCUCGAACUGGCGCUCAUCGAUCAAUCCGCGAUCACGGUUCCCAAGCACGAAAAGGUGGAUUUUGAAACCGCAUUCCCCAUCGGCGAUCCUAUCGCGGCGACUCCCGAGGCGCCAUCGCCGCAGGGAGGUUUAUUCCCGCCGCCCUCCCCGCGGAGCUUUCGCAGCACGCCCACAUUCGGUCAAACGCCGUUUGCGAGCGCCGCCGUGGACGAGUCCGUCGACAUGGACCAGUCCGUGGACAUGGACGAGGGGGAGUGA